AGUAGAAGCGGCCGCGAGUGUGCACGUCCGCGCGGCGAGUUUUUUUCUUAAAAUUGUGAUGGUUUACCCUCCACUGAGUCCACUGCACUGAAAAUUGUCUUUGUUUCUCUGACUGUGAGAUCAAUAUUAGGGCCUUUUGUGGACAGUUGGAAGUUGGAAGCAUGGCACCGUUCUUGUGCACCAUUUUCUUGCUCGACCUUUCAUCGCUGGCCACCACCGCCAACUUCAAUCAAGUCUUCAAGUGGGAUGAGUUGGACUACGAGUGGCCCUCAGACGCGAACAGGACAAAGGCUUUGGAAGAUGGAAAUUUCAAGCCAAAGAAUAUCGAACCUCGUUUCAUGGCUGUCCACGGAACAAGGAUCGUCCUCAGCCUUUACAAACACCAUAUUUCCAUUCCGGCGAGUUUGGUGUCUUUGCCGAUGAGCAGCAGCGCGUCCUCUGCACCCCCGAAGCUCACUCCAUUCCCUUCGUGGGACAUGCAUGAAAAAGGAGGCUGCAACAAAAUUGAAGAAGUAACAGGGCUGCAAGUUGACUCCGUUGGUAGGCUGUGGGUGCUUGACAACGGUAGCGAAAAUUGCAAUGCAAAACUAUGGAAAAUCGACUUGGCCAACAACAAUCACAUCAAACUUAUUCACCGGUUCCCUUUUCAAAAAUGGAUGCACGACUUGGUACUCGACGAAACGCCCAACGAAACCUUGGCCUACAUCACGCGGGGUGUUGAACAAAACAUUGUCGUCUUUAGUUUGGAAAGAAAUAAAUCUUGGUUUGUGGACACGCCAGGAAUCAAGGCCUAUUCCAUUGCCCUGUCUCCUAACAAUAAGGAUGAGGAAGCGAGACAGCUCUACCUUGGUGAAUGGAACUUCAAUGAACUGAAUUCAAUUUCCGUCGCCGCCCUUCGCAACGGAACUCGUAUUGCGAAUUCGAAGCUAAUCGGAAAAUGGACUGCGAUUAGUUCGUAUAGAAUGCUGAUAGACAAUCAGGGAACCAUGUAUGCCGCCUUUCAGGGGAAUAAUUUCAUAUACUCUUGGAAAACUUCCCAGCCAUUUGAGGAGCAGCGUUUUCAUGAGGUCGCUGGACUGGAUACUGGUUUGCCAUUUACUCUUGCCUUGGACCAAAAUGGGACUCUUUGGAUGACGGUGUUUGAUGACAAAAGAAAGCCAAGAUACAUGCUUUUAAAGGCUGCAUCAGUCUUUUUAUCUGAUCACCCAACAUUUAAAGUUUCAGGAUUCAAUUCAACUUCAUUUGCUAUAAAUGGUGGAGAGCCCCAAAGAAGAAUACUGAUCAACUCGAGCGUUUUCUUCGUUUUACUAUUUGCCAUGGCUAUUUCUUAUUGUUAUAGUUUCACUAGCGCAGGCUUAGGUAUAUUCUUUGCUGUGAAAUAAAAAAUUAUUUUUUAGUGUUUUAUCAUAGGCUUUGUUUCGCUUGGACGCUUGGCUUUCUCUUGAUUGCCAACGUUAUUUAGCGACCUGUCCUCACCAUUUGAAAAUCUUUCCAACUUUGCAGCUACUUGAGCAUAAAUUACAGUCCUGCUUAGUUCAAUUUGGCAUCGACUCAAUCCUCAUUGGAUGAAUUAUAGUGAAUUAAAUGUACUACAUAUUUUAUAGUAGAAUAGAAUAAAUAAAAAAUCAAUUUACUUCCAUCAUCUUUAGCUUCUUUAUCGAUUUCUCUCCACAUCAGAACUUUAUCUUGCUCUGUCUUUGCAGAAUAGCCACAACGUCAUUUUGUUGUUUUCGCAAAAGUCUGACGCUUGAUACCAAUUCCGCUACUACAUUAAAAUAUCAAUUAAAUUAAUUUUAUACUUCUUGAAAUACCGACUUAAAUCAACAGCAGUUUAAUAUAUUAUGUUAAAAUACGUGCCUUUUAGCACUGAAAAGUGGUGAUACACCUUUCCGCUUACCAGAUCUGAAAUCUGAAACAUCCAG